ACGGUUCAAGAUGGCUGCGCCCACGUUGAUAUACAGAAGAGGGGGUGCCCCGAUUAUUCCUUUCUUUAUUUCGGCUCGUAUGUAUUUCGUCAGUGAACUCACUAUAGAUUUAGUAAAAGCCUAGCCAAAUCUUGUUAAAUAUCAAAAUCAUGUCAGUAUCUCACUUCACCACAAUGUACUGCGAGUCUAUGACACUUAGACAAUAGAGCUAGUGUCUCAGUGCAGUGUGGUGCGCUGCGGGAUCGGGGAGUAGAUGCAUGCAGCCAUUGGCUGCUCGGGCUGCUCGCCUGGCCAACGUUUGAUCUGUCUUUCCCUUUCUGAGUAAUAUUUCUAGUCAAGUGACCUGCUGACUUUACUUUUAAAAAGACUCCAUUGGGAAAAUGCUUUGAGACUGAAUCAACAAUUCAUUCCCUUCAAGGCUGUGUUCUUCCUCCUUUGGGCAGGAUUGGUGAGCCUUCUACCCUUUCUUCCUGUCUACAUGUCAUAUCUUGGUUUGAAUGCUGUCCAAGUUGGUGCCGUAAGAGGCAUCGAACCAUUCAUUGGGAUGUUUUCAUCUCUGCUGUGUGGAAGCUUGGCAGAUAAAUUCAGCAUGCACCGGUUCAUCAUGGUUAGCAGUAUCAUAGCGACAGGGUUUGUGUAUGGGAGUGGUGUUUUUGUGUCAUUUAUUGAUACAAAUCAUGUAAUGAAUUGGACAAAUAUUUCUCAUGUGCCACUGGAAGGAUAUAUUGGAGAGCUUGAAAAGAUAAAAGAAGAGCAACUGGAGAUGGAUACCUCCUUGAUUCAGAUAUGGAAGAGUUAUAACUGUGGCUGUUGUCAUCACUGCAUGUCAAGUAAUUGUAAAACAGAAGAAUUUCGGAAGAGUGAUAUUGAUUUAACUUCAGACAAUGAGUUUAGUUGUUCAUUUGCAUGUUGCCUUUGUAGUUGUAGAUUAGAAAAUGAAACAUUCCAGGAAUUGAUAAAUGAAUGUGUCAGAGACUACAAUAGACCUAAAGAUGAAUGUCAUGAGAUAUGCAGUAAUGCCAGUACGUUAUCAAAAAUGACAAAUCGUACAUCAAUUUCAAAUUUAUCCCAGUAUCAAAGAAGAGAAAGAACUGAUACUCAAAGUCCAAAAUUUGGGGCUCCAAAAGAGAAGGACCUAACACUUGCAUUCAUUCUGAUGCUGAUGAUUGUUAUCACUGGACAAUUUGUGAGCAACCCGUUUACACCGUUUUUAGAUGCAGCUGCCAUGGCACUUGUGAAAGAAUGUAACGAUAAAGGACAAAAUGUAGAAUAUGGCCAUCAAAGACUAUGGGGUGGAAUAGCCUGGGGUGUCAUGGCUCCCCUGUCAGGGCUUGCUGUUGAUAGAUACUCCGCUGCCUAUCCAGAGUCUUUCAACAAGUACCUUCCAGCUUUCAUUUUCUUUUUUGUAUUUGUACUAAUGUCAGUAGUUCCUGCAUUAUUCAUCAGCUUUCUUCGACACAGCCCACCUGAGUCACUUGCAAGUAAUCUUGGCACCCUCAUCCGAAGACCCAAGGUUCUUGUUUUCCUCUAUGCUAUAUUCAUCACAGGAGUGUCUGUUGGUGUUAUCAAGACCUUUCUCUUCUUGUUCCUUGCUGAACUCUCUGGAAGCCACACCAUUAUGGGACUAACUCUGACCCUGACAAGUAUGGCAGAAGUUCCUUUCAUGUUCUUUGCUACUAAGCUUAUUGAAAGACUUGGACACCGUGGAGUCUUUGUUCUGACCCUCUUCUGUUUUACUUUGAGGUUUGUAGGCUACUCUUUCUUGCAGAAUCCAUGGCUUGUUUUGCCCAUAGAACUCCUCCAUGGUGUCACCUAUGGUGCUCUUUGGCCAGCUUGUACCUCCUAUGUAAACCUCAUCACUCCUGACAACAUGCUCACGACAAUGCAAUCCAUCACAUAUUCAAUCAGACUAGGUCUAGGCAAUGGUAUUGGAGCAUUACUGGGUGGAGUUAUCUACCACCAAUACGGAGCAAGGAACCUAUUCAGAGGAUCUGCCGUCUUAUGCAUGUUAUAGUCCGGUCUGUUAGCGUCAAAAACACCCUACUUGUGGACACGGUGGACAAAAGCAUGAUUUUUUCUCCAGACCUUUGUUUAUGUAUGAGAAUUAAAAAUGGGGUAUGCUCCAAAAAAUCUGGCUGCAGGAACAGUGAAAAAAUUGAUGAAAAUGUCAGAAUUUAUGAGUUUAGAUUUGUCUGAUAUAUAGACUAGCGCUAGUGCAAAACUCAAUAGCAGUGCAUUAUUUUGCAUUGGUUUAGUUCUUGAAUUCAGACCCUUUUCGAACAGAUAUUCUGCUUGUCCUCACAUCUCAAUAUCUGAAUGCAGAUGCUAAACAAGCCGAAGGGUGACGGUGGAGGGGGUUGAAUGUUGGUGUGUAUGUACAUAUUUUGGUAUUGGGGUAAAGAUGUGCAAGACACAUUUUUUGCAUGUGUUGGAAAUUGUGUUGCCAUGGUAACAGUGUAUUAUGGCAAAAAUAAGGUACAAAUCUUGCAGUUAGAACUACUUCCUCUGUUUUCAUCCGAUUCUCAUGAAAUUUGGCACACACAUUGGUCUUGAGGUGAAGAUGUCUGUCUAAGACACAUUUGUGUGUGUCUUUCGGAAAUUUUGUUGCCAUGGUAACAACAUAUCAUUUGGUGAAAAUUGGGGAAAAAACCUUACAAUUCAAACUGCUUCAUCAGUUUUCAAUCAAUUCACAUGAAAUUCGGCACACACAUUGGUAUUAAAAUAAAGAUGUACAAGGCACUUUUUGUGUGUGUUUCAGAAAUUGUGUUGCCAUGGAAACAACAUAUUAUAUGGCAAAAUUUAGGUAAAAACCUUGCAAUUUGAGCUACUUCAUCAGUUACAAACCAAUUCUCAUGAAAUAUGGCUCACACAUUGGCCUUGAGAUAAAGAUGUGCAAGAACCAUUUUUUUUCAUUUGUCAGAGAGUGCAUUGCCUUGGUAACCACAAAGUCAUAUAGUCAGAAAUACGGGGAAAACUUAUUAAUUGUGGAUCAAUCUACUUCUCAGUUUUCAGCCUGUGCUCAGAAAAGUUUACACAAAUAUUAAUUUUGGGUUAAGAUUCAUAUUCAGUGUUAAAGGGGAAUCCAGUCUUGGUCAUAAAAUGUUGUGUGGAAAAGGAGAAAAAUAAGAUUGGUGAAAGUUUCAAAGCAAUCGACAAGCAAAAUAAAGUUAUGGCUGCUUUAAGAUUAAGAUCCCUAAGGCUACUAGUAUGUCGAUUUCAAAUUGGCAAUUGGUAAGUAAAUUAUGACAAGGGGCGAGGCCGCAAGUACAAUUUUCCCAUUGGCCUUGUACUUUGAUUUUUGUUGUUCUCCUUAACUCCAUUGGGGCCGUAAUAUAAACCUGUUAGUAUAAUGUUUUAUGUCCUCAUGAAAGAAAGACACAAUUUGAAGUAAAAACUUUUGAAAAAGACAUUUUAGUAAAUUAAUUAUUCCUAUAAAUGGAAGAGUGGUCCUUUCCUUACAUCAUUAUGACAUCACAUAUACAGCCAAUUUAAAGGCUUCAAUGGUAUAGUGAUUACCAAUGUUUACAACUUUUAUAUAUUCACAACUUUUUAUGGUUUGUCCGAUAUUCAAAUUUUGACCUAUUGUCUGAUUUUUCCUUUUUCUCUAAAAACAAGUGUUUAUUUGGGUUGGAUUCCCCUUUAACAUCAUAUAAUAGUGCAUGGUAUUCAUGGUAUUAAUCACCUUCAAUAAUAUUCAUAGGUUCUUUUUAGGGGGCGGAGGAGGUCCUUAAAAACUGACAACAUAAAAAUAUAGAAGGUUAAAGGCAAUGACCAUUAGGAACUUAAACACUCUUAAAGACAGCACCCCUUCCAUUUUUUGGGGGGAUGGCCUUUAAAAAAUUGCCACAUAAAGAGUAAAGGAAAUAAUUACAACUAGGAACUGAACCCCCCCCCCCCCAAAAAAAAAGGGGGGAAGAAAAAUCCUUUACACUUCAGCGUAUUAAUUUAAAACCUAAAACAUUCUGGUUUGAUAUAAGAUCAUUUUCGGUGCCCAAUUAAUUAACUUUUUAUUUAUCUCCUUCUACACAGUCUUUGUUCAUUUCAGUUCCUACUCUGACUUUCUUACAUCACUUUUUGCACUUUUGAGCUUUGCCAUACCUUCUUGUUUUGUUUCCUCUCUCCCCCUCUUUUUCUCCCUCUCUAAGUACAUUUUUCUUUGCUAUUUUAAUUAAUUAUUAUCUAGCAACAAUUAUUCCAUUUUGAAUGCUUACACCUACACUGAAAUAUAAUACCAUGACAUUUAUUGUUUUCUUCAUAAUCUUUUAAACUCCAAUUUGGCUACACUCUGUCCUGAAAAAUACUAUUAGCUAUAUUUAAUGUCUAGUUUAAAGAAUUGAAGAAAUGCCAGGCUAUCAUGAUAUCAUAUUUUGGUAAAGGUGCAUCAAAUUCGUAGUUGCAGCAUUCAGAAUGGAAUAACUGCUGCUUGAAAAAAAAAUGGAUUUAGUUGUUUUCCGAAAAUCCUCUGAAAAUUUUAGUCAUAUCACUGAGUUUUCCCAUUCCUGCAGUUACCACUAUCUGAAAGGGAUAUGACUAGAAUAUAAUUAUAUGUAGAGAAAUAAAAGUCACCAUUUGCUCAAUGAACAGUGAAUAAGUUCGUCUUUACUCCAAUGGAAAAUUAUUUGCAUUUUUUGUGACAGUCAGAUCUUGCAUCCAACAAUUUUGCUCCUGAAACAUAAUAUUCAUUUUUUGACAAUAGGAGAUGUAGGAUGUAAAAAGCAGGGGCUGUCACAGAAAUAUACUGAAAAAAUUAAAUGAAAGAAAAUAGAAGGC